UCUCAUCUCAACUUAAUAAAAGGUAAUGUUACCACGAAGCUCAUGGAUAUGAACGCUUUCAAUGUCUCGGCUACGUUGAAUCUCUUUCGGCUCAUCACAAAGCCUUCUCUAUGUCUUCCUCAUGCCACUGUUUCAACGUUUAAUCAGUUACCUGUUCCGUUGAACUCUGCCUUUGGAAAGUACAAAAAUGUCGAUAUCAGAGCUGUAAUUCUGGACAAGGAUAAUUGUUUUGCUGUUCCACAUUCUAACACUGUCUAUGAGCCUUAUGAAGACAAUUUCAAGCGUCUCCGCGAAGCUUACCCAGGCCGACGCCUUCUAAUCGUGUCCAACACCUCAGGUGCUACAUCCAUCGACCCAAAAGGCAACCUCGCCAACUCAGUCACUCGAGCAACAGGUGUGACGGUCUUACCUCAUAGUACGAAGAAGCCUGGCUGUGGUCCCGAGAUCAUGGAGUACUUCCGGCAGCAUCCCGAGACAGGAGUCACGAGACCGGACCAGAUAGCAGUUGUUGGUGACAGGCUGACGACGGAUGUUAUGUUGGCGAAUCUGAUGGGUAGCUAUGCCGUUUUCAUUAAAGAUGGGGUAGUGCCGAGAGAGGAGACGAGCGUUUUUGCUAGAAUAGAGCAGCGAUUGGGCAAUUUUCUUAUCAGACGUGGAUAUGAAGCCCCAGACCCUUCAAGUCCGUUCGAGCGAUAGAGAGAUGGACGUCGGAGCGAACCCAACAUCUGACAACCUUGAUUCACCGGCUAAGCAUUUUCAGAAAGCUACAUGCAUGCUUUUUCCCGUUCAGAAUGAAUAUCUGGCAUAGGCUAGCCACCACAGACCAGGGGCAUAUUUAUCCGAACAUACAGAUCAGUUUUGGAUCUAUCAGUCGAGGGUUCUGAAGUUGUACAUGUCCUGGGUUGGUGGACGAACAUCCUUCAUCCUCGACCUGAAACUGAAGCAACAAUAUCAAUCAAGUUGCACCACCAGGAGCAUGUCAGAAAUUUUUCACCACCAUAUCGUGUCCUAUUCAUUUUCUCUCGAGUCCUCUUACCAAACUAGAAAAAUUCGCCCUCCAAAACUCACCUCUCAAAUCCCGCCACAUGCAGAAUGUACUGUACCGAAUAGUGAAACUCCCCGUCACCACCCUGUAUAUAGCACAGUCUAUUAAUGUGCCUUGCCAUAUCCAGUACCCAGGCGUGGUAACUCCAAGCACUCGGCUCGAAAUUCGAUGGUUCUUUAACUUACUGCCCUUCUGAUAUUAUGAAAAGGGGUGGCAGGCAGGGAUAUAACUACCCCGCCAUGCCUGGCGUUUCUUUCUAGACCUUCGGAACGCAUUGCGAUAUAUAUUAAGCGCGGGUCUCCCUUUUCCGUCCCCGCUCGACAGAAUUUAGACUUUAGUGAGGAAACAAGUCUCUAACAUUGGUAUUCCUCUAGCCUGGGACCAUGUUGUUCUGUGAUUUUCUUGUGUUUUGGGCAUGAUGUUGUAGAGCAGUCGAAGUGUUGCGUUGCUCGGGUAGUCAUAUUCAGCAGGUGCGGUUCCAGCUUCGAAGUCUGUCGGCAGGAAGAAGACAAUACACCCUCAUCCGCGUCUUAUGUGUUUCCUGUGUCGAUUUCGCGAUUCUAGGGUUGAGAAUUGUGCUUCAUCGAGCAAUCGUUUUUAAAACACCAGGAUAACUUCUAAUGUUGAAGACUCAUCAGCCUUUCGUGCAUACACAUAAUCAUAUCUCUCAUCCUCCACGUCAAGCAAGACUGACUUUAAACUCCCAGGAUACUGCAAUAUGGUGACUCGAUAACAUUCUCUCUUCUACAAUAUAGAGAGCUGGGAUAUCUCCGCCUCGCCAAACUCGUGGUCCUCCGCGCAUUCGAGCGUAGUCAUCCCAGCAAUUCGUGUAGUCUAGUCUUGGAAGCUUCUUGUAAUUCCAGACCAGUCUCUUACGUUGCUGCUGGUUUCUGCAACGUUGCUAACAGUAUACCAGAGAUGGUGCUAUCUUGAGCUUUCUCCGUCCCAUUCCCUUCAAUGCUGCAUCAUGACUACUUCUAACCUACCAUUGGGGACUAGUCUAGUUGGCUUAAAUAGGCAGAUCCCUCUGUCGUUUUGCUAUCUCUACCUACUUUCAUCGUCUUUGACCAUCAUGCCAAAACGUCUCAUAUUUCCCUUCACUUAAAGUUUUACUAUGAUACUUCUUCAAAUUCCUCGUCCCCAAAGAGCAUAUCUGUAAACGCAUGCCAGAUCGAUACAACACCAGUCCUUAACUAGCGUUGGACAGAGCAUGCAGAUACUUUGUCAGACAUCAAUUGCCAAGAUGACUUGUACAGAGAAUUCGAAGGACCAGUCAAAGACAAGAACGAUAGAAUUAUCGAUGAAUAUAUAGCUUGUAGUUGCAGGAAACUUCUGGUUUGAAGGCAUUCAACUGAACGGUAGCAAAAUGUGAAGCCACGGAUUAGGAACAACUGAUUUAGGUCCCACUUUAUGUUGAGGAACGAAAAGCUUUAACCAGCUCAUCAGGGAAAGAGAACA